CAAUCGUUCCCCCUUUGUACUUCACGUCCACAUCUUUCAUCUCUUUCUCUCUCACUCAUAAUAAAAUACAUCCAAACCUCUUUUCUUCGCUUCGUUCAGAUUAACUCUCUCCCACACACAAACACUCACUCUCUUUCUCCCUCUACAAUGGCCUCAGCCGCAGCACCCACCACCUUCUCCCUCCUCCACUCCACCACUGCCUCCUCCUCCUCCACCACCUCUUCCUCCUCCACCCGCCUCCACUUCUCCUCCACCCUCCGCGUCCGCCCGCUCCGCCGCAGCCUGGGGUUCUCUGCAGCGGACCCCCUGCUUGCGGCGACGGUGGCGGCGAGAGUGGGUGCAGUUCGUGGAGGGAAGGGAGCGAGAGCAGUGGUAUCGAUGGCGAAGAAGAGUGUGGGCGAUUUGAGUGCUUCGGAGUUGAAAGGAAAGAGAGUGUUCGUUAGAGCUGACCUCAACGUUCCGUUAGACGACAACCAGAACAUCACAGACGACACUAGGAUCCGCGCCGCUGUUCCCACCAUCAAACACCUUAUUCAAUACGGCGCCAAAGUCAUCCUCUCCAGCCACUUGGGGCGACCAAAGGGUGUCACUCCCAAAUACAGCUUGGCACCUCUUGUACCCCGGCUUACUGAACUAAUUGGUGUUGAGGUUGUCAAGGCUGACGACAGUAUUGGUCCAGAAGUCGAGAAGCUGGUGACUUCCCUUCCGGAUGGAGGUGUGCUUCUUCUAGAAAAUGUGAGGUUUUACAAGGAGGAAGAAAAGAAUGAUCCUGAACAUGCCAAAAAGCUUGCCUCUCUAGCUGAUCUGUAUGUGAAUGAUGCAUUUGGUACUGCUCAUAGGGCACAUGCAUCAACAGAGGGGGUCACUAAAUACCUGAAGCCAUCUGUUGCUGGUUUUCUUUUGCAAAAGGAACUUGAUUACCUUGUUGGGGCAGUAUCAAACCCGAAAAGGCCAUUUGCUGCCAUUGUUGGUGGUUCCAAGGUCUCAUCUAAAAUUGGAGUGAUCGAAUCACUUCUAGAAAAAGUUGACAUCCUUCUUCUUGGUGGAGGUAUGAUCUUCACAUUUUACAAGGCACAAGGUCUUUCAGUGGGUUCAUCCCUUGUAGAGGAAGAUAAGUUGGAUCUUGCUACAUCACUACUUGCAAAAGCCAAGGCAAAGGGGGUUUCCCUGUUGUUACCAAGUGACGUGGUGAUUGCAGACAAAUUUGCUCCUGAUGCAAACAGCAAGGUGGUGCCAGCAUCUGCCAUCCCUGAUGGCUGGAUGGGAUUGGAUAUUGGUCCAGAUUCUGUCAAAUCAUUCAGUGAAGCAUUGGAUACUACCAAAACCAUCAUAUGGAAUGGACCAAUGGGAGUGUUUGAGUUUGACAAGUUUGCUGUUGGGACAGAGGCUAUUGCAAAGAAGCUGGCUGACCUAAGUGGAAAGGGUGUGACCACAAUUAUUGGAGGAGGAGAUUCUGUUGCAGCAGUGGAGAAAGUAGGAGUUGCUAAUGUCAUGAGUCACAUUUCUACUGGUGGUGGUGCCAGUUUGGAGUUACUGGAAGGCAAAGAGCUUCCAGGAGUCCUUGCUCUUGAUGAAGCCACACCAGUUGCUGUGUAAGACAAUUUUCGGCUUGGAAAAUUUUCCCAUCCUCGGUGUCAGUGUUCUCUCAAUCUUGUAAAAGAGCAUAUGUUGUAGGACCCUUCCGAGUUUAUUAAUGUAAAUUUUAUCAUGCUUGAGUUAUUUGCUUCACACAUAAAUUGCGUGUAACUGUAAACCCAGGCUGAGAGCCAUUAAUUGAAAUAAAUCCAUAAUUAGUUGCUGCCA